AUAAUCAUCUCUCACUCUUUUUCUUAUCCACUAUCCAAAGAAGAAGACUAUUGACGACGACGGCGAUGGCUAUGGAGAUUUCUCAUCGUUUCAUUGGAUCAUCCAUGGCCUUAAGCGUGGGAAAAUCUAGGAACGGCGUUUCUGGGAUUAGUCGUGUUGGAUUAUCUUCGGUUUCGGCCGUACAUGUACCCAGAAGGAUGUUUAUGCAGCUCGUUGGGUUUGGUUCGGUCUUGACGCUUCUGGAUUUUCCUGGUUUAGCGGCGCCGGUUCCUCAAAUGAAGGAACCUCAAGUUAUCAGGACUUUGAAGCUCCCGAGUGGCGUGAGGUUUCAAGAGAUAAUUGAAGGGGAAGGACGAGAAGCUCAUGAAGGGGACCUGGUCGAACUAAACUAUGUGUGUCGGCGUGCAAAUGGAUAUUUCGUUCAUAGCACGGUGGACCAAUUCAGUGGUGAAAACUCUCCUGUCAAACUUAUUCUUGAUGAAAAUGACGUAAUUGAGGGCUUGAAGGAAGUCUUGGUGGGCAUGAAAGCCGGGGGGAAGCGAAGAGCACUGAUACCUCCAUCAGUAGGGUACAUAAACGAGACAUUGAAGCCAAUCCCCGAGGAGUUUGGACCACGACGCAGCCUUCUAUCGCAUGCGAACGAGCCUCUGGUCUUUGAAAUCCAGCUCUUGAAAGUAUUAUGAUAUUUUUCUUCUGUCACUGUUGUUAAUGAAGUAUUUUGGCCGUGAGCUAGUUUAAUUUCUAUUGUAAAUCUGUAACAACAACUACAUGGAACUGUCUUAUGAGUUCUGCUAUAAGACGGGUUAAUAGGGAAUUUACCAGUUGUAAACACAAAUACUGUAUUGUAGUUUUAAAAAAUACCACAAACUAUUUAAAAAUCU